AUGACGUACACACGUCGUCUGCGCGCCACAGAGACAUCGACCUUCUAUGUGGAAGCACCUAAUCCUGGAUAUAUCACGUCGCAGACAGUCCCGGAUGAAGUGAAGUCUGAUAGCUACGGAGCCAAAAAAAAACAGGAAUCAUCCAAGACGAAUUUAUUCCAGACUCUCCAAUUUCAGUUAUAUAUAUCCACAUGGUUCCUUGCUUUCGAAAUCGAAUAUUUGCACAAGAAAUCCUAA